AUGUUAAAGUUAAUUGUAUUACCAAAGACAAAUGGAAGAUUUUUCUCUUCUGCACUCUACCUAACCGGUGAUAAAGCACGAGAGCAGUUUGCUGUGCUAGUACCCUACCUCGACUUCAAGCACAAACUGGGUGAUUUUGAACGAUUGAAACGAAACGUGCGCCUACGAAGGUACCAGCAGCUAGAUUGUGACAAUCUUAUACACCAAUGGGAACUGUAUCGAGAGGUGGAAAAGCGUAAAAAAGAUAUAGAACAGUACCGUAUAGAGCUUCAGAAACGAAUACAGCAGUCGAGUUGUGAGGAGGAACAAAAGCAACUCAAAUCACGAGCCAUUCUAGCACGCGAUGAUUUAAAAACGCUCAAAGAGCAAAGCUACAAAGUGGCCGACGCAUUCAUUGCCAACAGUUUCCUAUCCAUACCAAAUGAUCUUCACGAACGUACGCCGGAGCAAGAAAGUAAAUGUACGUACGAAAAACCAGCACCAGCCGGGAUGAAUCGUUCCACAGACGUUGAUCUACUGCAGGAACAGCUGGAAGACUUUGGUCCAUCCCACCUCUAUAUGACAGGAGACGCGGCCUGGAUGGACCUACGACUACCGAUGCAUUGUUGUGAAACGUUCAGGCAGAAUAAUUGCAUCCUGUUCUGCAAUCCCGACUUUGUGCGCAGUUUUCUCGUUGAGGCGGCCAUGAUCGACAAGGAUUCGUUGUAUCUUGUACGGGAAGACGAUGAACCAGAGGAUAAGGUGAACCUAUUGCAUCUAUGUGGCGGAGGCUCGCUUCUAAGCUUUCUCGGAUACUUUACCAAACUGUCGGUGUUUCCUUCGGCUCUGCCUUUGCGAUUAGUUGCCAGCGGUAAGCGUUACCAUUUCCAGCGGGCUCAAUCGAAUGAGGUGCACGUAUUUGGGGCCUGCAAAACAGCUCAGGAAGCGGAACAAAUGUUUGACGAGAUGGUGCAGAACUACAAACGAUUCUACGAUCCGCUUCCUAUCGGCUAUCGGAUUGUACAGGUAGCGGCACCCGAUCUUCGACCAAUCGAAUCGAUGCGCGUCGAUGUGGAAGUUUUCGAUGGCCGGAAGGAGAGCUACGUAAAGGUGGCGGAGCUAGGGUAUUAUACGGAUUUUCUCAGCAAACGAAUUGCGUUCAUUUACCACGAAGGGAAAGUACAACACUUUCCGCACGUGGUAGCAGGCACUGUGUUGAGCUCGGUAGAGUUGAUCAAGUUGUUUCUAAGCAACGGUAUAACGCUGGCCGAUUUGCCAAUGAUAAACACAUUCGCAAAAUAA